CAUCUACUGCUCACUCUGCUGCUCAAGAGGCUGUAGAGCACUCACACACACACACACCAUACACACACACACACACACUCUCACUCUCCUCUCACACACUCUCACACUCAGAUCCACUCAGUGCAGAUUCCGGGGACAGCGCCGGGAACUCUCACCCAGUCUCUGCAUGACUGUCACAAAGAUGUCAUGGCGCCCGACCUACCGAAGCUCCAAGUUUCGAAACGUUUACGGCAAAGUGGCCAACCGGGAGCACUGCUUCGAAGGCAUCCCCAUCACAAAGAACGUCCAUGACAACCACUUCUGCGCCGUCAACAGCAAGUUCCUCGCCAUCGUAACGGAGAGCGCCGGAGGAGGGUCCUUCAUCGUUAUCCCUGUCGCUCAGGCCGGACGCAUCGACCCUCACCACCCAAAGGUCUGCGGUCACCAGGGCAACGUUCUGGACAUCAAGUGGAAUCCUUUCCAUGAAAAUAUCAUCGCCUCCUGUUCUGAAGACUCUUCUGUGAGAAUAUGGGAGAUUCCAGACAGUGGUUUGAGGAGGAAUAUGACGGAAGCCAUACUGGAGUUGUAUGGUCACAGUAGGCGGGUGGGUCUUAUUGAGUGGCACCCCACCAGCAGUGGCAUCCUCUUCAGUGCUGGAUAUGAUUAUAAGAUCUUGAUCUGGAAUCUGGAGAUCGGGGAGCCGGUGAAGAUGAUCGACUGUCACUCAGACGUUAUCCUCUGCAUGUCCUUCAAUACUGAGGGAAGCCUGCUGGCCACCAGCUGCAAGGACAAGAAGCUGCGGGUCAUCGAACCUCGGACUGGGCAGGUGUUACAGGAAGCGAACUGCAAGAACCACAAGGUGAACCGCGUUGUGUUCCUGGGCAACAUGAAGCGACUCCUGACGACGGGGGUGUCCCGCUGGAACACCCGACAGAUUGCACUGUGGGAUCAGGAAGAUCUGUCCAUUCCUAUCAAAGAGGAGGAGAUAGAUGGGUUGUCAGGGCUACUGUUCCCUUUCUAUGAUGCCGACACACAUAUGCUGUAUUUAGCAGGCAAGGGGGAUGGGAACAUCCGUUACUACGAGGUCACCACUGAAAAGCCCUAUCUGCAGUACCUCAUGGAGUUCAGGUCCCCUGCUCCUCAGAAAGGACUAGGUGUAAUGCCCAAACAUGGCCUGGAUGUUGGAGCCUGUGAAGUUUUUAGGUUCUACAAGCUGGUGACACUGAAAGGACUGAUCGAGCCCAUCUCCAUGAUUGUGCCAAGAAGGUCGGAGACGUAUCAAGAGGACAUCUACCCCAUGACUCCAGGAACAGAGCCUUCUCUCUCUGCAGAGGAGUGGCUGAGUGGCAUUAACCGAGGGCCUGUGCUGAUGUCUCUGAAGGAGGGCUACAGCAGACCCAGUAAGCUGGUGUUCAAGGCUCCAGUGAAGGAGAAGAAGAGCGUGGUGGUGAACGGAAUCGACCUGCUGGAAAACGUGCCUCCCCGCACAGAGAACGAGCUCUUGCGGAUGUUCUUCAGGCAGCAGGACGAGCUGAGGCGGCUGAAAGACGAGCUCGCUCAGAAGGACAUUAAAAUCCGACAGCUGGAGCUGGAGCUCAAUAACCUGAGAAACAGUCCAAACAUCAACAACAACAACAACAACAACAAUGAUGAAGACAGCAUGUGAGCUGGGCGGAGGCCACACACUGGACCCUCAGCGCUGCUGAACUUCUACACGGCUCCGUCCAAUCCUCCACCCUGUUACCCUGUUACCCCUCACCCUUAUCCUAUAGUACCCACUGAGCACCCUGUCCCCACUAAGCAGUCCCCACCCCACCCCGACCCCAGUUAUUGAUGCCUUUAAUGCCGUGUCAGUGACCGAGACUUUCGCUGAAGUGAGGCUCCGCCCCUCACUAAAACCCCUCACAACUAUGGCCGACAUGGAGUGCCGUUUCACCGGCACUACGGAAACACCUGAGGCUCACAUUUACACACAACAUAAAACAAAGGUUUUACUGAGGGAACCUAGUUUAAAGGGACACGGAGUGAAUAAAUAAGUUAUGUAUAAUAAUAAAAGCAGUGCAGGGCUUCUCUCUUUUCUCUUUUUAGUUCUUUUAGUUUUAACAAUUCUUUAUUAACUGUAUACAUUUUCUCACACGCAUAUAGACCUGUCAUGAUAACUGUUUUUGUUUGGAUGAUAUACAAACCAAUCAAGACUGCAGCUCUGGAAAAAAAUAAGAUAUCACUUAAAAAUGAUGAGUUUCCUUGAUUUUACCAAAUUGAAAAACUCUGGAAUAUAAUCAAGAGGAAGAUGGAUGAUCACAAGCCAUCAAACCACCAAACUGAACUGCUUGAAUUUUUGCACCAGGAGUAAAGGCAUAAAGUUAUCAAAAAGCAGUGUGUAAGAGUGUGGAGGAGAACUCUGCACCUUUUUUGUUAUUUCAGCCAUUUCUCAUUUUCUGCAGAAACUAAAGUGGUCUCAUAUUUGUCCAGAGCUGUAAUGAAAAUGUUUUUUUUCAGGAAAUUUGUAAAAUUCCUGUAUUUUAUAGUAUCGCAAUACAUAGGCAAUUGCAGAACAGCAAAAUAUUGCAAUGACAGUUUUUUUUCAACAUCAUGCAGCCUAUAUUCAUAUAUUGUAUGAUUUAUAUCUAUAACAUAAUUAUCAUACCAGGUCUACACACUUACAGCUUACAUGCACACAUGAGCACUUCUUUAUUCUUCUUCUACUUUUCUUUUUCUCUUUUCUGAAUGUGUCGGUUGCCAGAUGUGCAGCACAGAACUGAACUGACUGGAAUGGCUUCGAUAGAUGGAUUCGGUACAAGCCAUUAACUGUAUUAUCAUCUACUAGUGUUUUCUUUUUUUUAAGAAUCUAUAAUAAUUGUAAUUAUUUAUUUUUGUUAUAUGUUUUCUCCAGUUAGUCAUCAUUCGGAUUAAUUGCGCUCAUUCAUCUCACUGUUGUAACCAUGGAUGUAGAGACAGAAACCAGUAGCUAGUCAACCAAAUACGUCCUAUAAACUCAUUUCACCUGUCUGCUCA